CCUCCUGCCUGCCCUCCCCGAACGACGGUGGCCGCACUGGGAGCAAAAGCAUUCAGCACGUCCAACGAGGGCCAUCCCAGAGCGUGCGCUCGGCCCGCAGAGACGGCGUGUGCGCGUGCGCAGAGGUGUAACUCUGGAGGCUCCGCCGAGGAUUGGAGGUGGAGGCGCGGCGCUGGGAAGGCAGGAAGAUACAAGAGUUCCCAGCUAGCCUAGGCUGUACUGUACACACACGAGGUGCAGGCAACACGUGGAAAAUGGAAGCAAGAAGAUCAAGAGUCCAGAGUUUAAGGUCAUCCUUGGCUAUGUUCCAUGCCAGCCUGCUUGCACGGAACCCUACCUCAGACAAACCAGAAAACCGAGAGCAUCCCAGCACCAUAUACACUAGGUGUGCUGGCAGAAGCUUGUAAUUGCAGCACUUGCAAAGUACAAGAAGGAUUCAAAUUUCAGCGUCAUCCUUGGCUACACUUCCAAUUGGAGGCCAACAUUUCAGGGUAAUCUUACACCUUUUGCCAUACUGGGCCUGGGCCAAGAUGGGCCAAAGUCCUUACCCAGAAUUUUUUGAACUGAAAUUGAGAGAAAAUCCCUCUUCAGUGUGGAAGCCAUAAAAUGUAAAACACAGGAGCUUUCAGCAGCCAUGUGUCCUGCCCUACGGAACCAGCUGGCCUGCUAUGAAAAGGAAGCCGACAUGCCAAAGGCAGCAGAGAACCAUGUGUGCUCAGUACUGCAUCUCCUUUGCUGAUGUUGAAAAAGCUCAUAGCAACAUUCGGGAUUCUGUCCACCUCACGCCGGUGCUAACAAGCUCCAUUCUGAAUCAAAUAGCAGGCCGCAGUCUUUUCUUCAAAUGUGAACUCUUCCAGAAAACUGGGUCUUUUAAGAUUCGAGGUGCUCUUAAUGCCGUCAGAGGCCUAAUUCCUGACACUUUGGAAGGGAGGCCCAGAGCUGUCGUUACCCACAGCAGCGGAAACCAUGGCCAGGCCCUCACCUAUGCUGCCAGACUGCAAGGAAUUCCUGCUUACAUUGUGGUGCCUCGAACGGCUCCCAACUGCAAAAAACUGGCAAUCCAAGCUUAUGGAGCCUCUAUAGUGUACUGUGAACCAAGUGAUGAGUCCAGAGAAAAGGUCACUCAGAGAAUUGUGCAAGAAACAGAAGGCAUCUUAGUCCACCCCAACCAGGAGCCUGCAGUGAUAGCUGGACAAGGGACAAUUGCCCUGGAAGUGCUAAAGCAGGUUCCCUUGGUGGAUGCGCUGGUGGUUCCAGUAGGGGGAGGAGGAAUGGUUGCUGGAAUAGCCAUUACAAUUAAGGCCCUAAAGCCUAGCGUGAAGAUUUAUGGUGCUGAACCCUUGAAUGCAGAUGACUGCUACCAGUCCAAACUGAAAGGAGAACUAACCCCCAAUCCUCAGCCUCCAGAAACCAUAGCUGAUGGUGUAAAAUCAAGCAUUGGCUUAAAUACCUGGCCUAUUAUAAGGGACCUUGUAGAUGAUGUCUUCACUGUCACAGAGGAUGAAAUAAAGUAUGCAACCCAGCUGGUGUGGGAGAGAAUGAAGCUGCUCAUUGAGCCUACUGCUGGUGUUGGAUUGGCUGCAGUGCUAUCUCAGCAUUUCCAAACAGUCUCUCCAGAAGUAAAGAACAUCUGUAUUGUACUCAGUGGUGGGAAUGUAGACUUGACGUCCCUAAACUGGGUAAAGCAGGCUGAAAAGCCAGCUCCUUACCAGACUGCUUCUGUUUAAAUCCAUGGAAGAAAUAAGAAUGUCACUAUAUGAAAAUGUUGUUUUCCAUCUUCCUAUUUAAAAUUGUUUUCAAAAUCCUAA